AAGUAACUCGGUCUUCACAAAGCAACGAGUUAGAAACCAACAAUGUCUUCCUCUGUGUGUGAGAAGCUUCUUCCCAAUAGUUUCGAAGGAUUCGGGAAAAAGAAAGACAAUGUGUUCACCACAUCACACACAGGCGUCUAUCAACCUGUUGUGUGCCCGGAUCCCGUGGCAAGGAUUGCGAAAAGACAGGCCCGACGACCUUCAACACGCGUUUGUGUCGUUGUACUUUUGGUGUCCAUAGCUAUCAACGCUGCCCUAGUGGGUUGGUAUAUGUACAUAAGACUGAACGGUAACACGAACGGUGGUCUCAAACAUGCCGAUGGUCUGUCUGAUGUCGAUAUGUCUAAAGCUAUUUGUGUGAGGUGUGAUUCUCUGAACCUACCUGAACCAGAAAAUGCACCGUUGAUGACAAAGGUCAAGGUCAUAGAUCUGGGUCAGAAGUCCUCCUUGUGUUGUCUGGAACAUUCGGGACAUCUCCAAACUCUACUUAACCUUGUUGUAGGAGAAUAUUAUCACAACAGACAGGGGGCCAGUGGUACAGAAGCCUUCAGUCUCAGACCCAAUGCUUCUGCGCAUCUUUACCUCGACACACACAGGAAUAAAGAAAAUCGUCGCUUGACCUGGGUUGAUGACACGGGCUACGGAACAGCGCACACUACUGGUGGUGUCAGAUAUGUAAAUGGGACAUUACGCGUUCCUCAAGAUGGCGUCUACUUCCUGUACUCUCACGUGACCAUUGCCCCUGGCAACAUCGUAGAUGGCCUUGACAUUGUUCACUGUAUUCAAAGGACAAAUAUCCAUUUGCCGCGGACUGGAAAUCAGCUUCUGCUGAUCAGUAAGAUGUCGGUCAACAGCGACGAGAGGAGAACGAGUUUUUUAGCAGCAAAUCUCAAAUUACGACGGGAGGACGAAGUCUUCGUGGAAUUCUCAAAACCAUCCCUUAUCUACAACUUUUCUCCAGCCAGCUAUUUUGGGCUGCAUCGCCUGUAGAUGUUGUUUCUAUUUAUCAACAUGAAACUUGUAAGGUUUAAAUAAUCGUCGAAAGGAGUUGCAACAGACAUAUCGGUGAACUUCAUUUGUGUUAAUUUUGACAUUUGUUUUGUAACUUCAUUGUCUUGGAAUAAAAUAUGCAUGAAUGUA